AUUAGUCCCCGCACUCUUCAGAAAGUCUCCUGAGCUGCCGUUGUCCUCUGAGAUUCAAGUCAACUGGUCUUGCCCUGCGGCGACGGAACACCAUCAUUCGAAGGGGAGAUGAAGCCGGAUGGGGUUGCCACGGCAGCACUGGAGCCAAUGGAAACAUUGGACUCGGAUCCAGCAAAUGAGCCGGCACCGGCCGCAGAGCCGGAGCCCAACCUCGUAGAUGUCCCAGCUGGGGAGAUGCUGCAGCAUCCAGCUGGAGAUGUGCGUGAAGCGAAGCCGCCGGCAGAUCAGGGUAAGGAGACUUCCGCUGCCAAGAUGGUCGCCAAGGCCUCCGGCGACGCUAAAGCCAAGACUACCAACAAGGCCACUCCCAAGACGAAACUGAGCGCCACGAGCUCACCCAAGACUCCGUCUGGCCCACGUUCCAACGCGUCCCGUCUGUCGAACGGCACGUCAAAGCCUCAGACGAACGGCGUCGUUAAGAAGAUGACACCUGCUGCAGAUAAAAAGAGCACCCCGACCUCUACUGCCACCAAAAAAACAACCGGGGCAGCAGCAACACCAAGUCCCAAGACCGUGACUAAAGUUGGGGAGAAAAGGGCUCCAGGGACCCUCCCUGCUACCAACAGCGCAAAGUCAACAACUGGAGCAGCAGCAGCCAAAAAGACAACAUCCAGUACUGCUAAUGGGGUAAAAUCCACUGCUGCUGCUGCAAAGAAGCCACCAGCUUCCAAACCCGCCUCUGCAGCUCUAACCAAGACUAGCUCCAUUGCCUCAUCCAAGACCGACAAACCUCCGGUUUCCAAAGCAACCAGGCCCACAGCAGCUUCAUCUCGACCAGCUACCGGAUCCUCUCAGUUAGCCAACACGCCCAAGAACUCAACAGCUACAUCCAAACCUGCCACUCCUAAAACUGCCCCCGCCUCCGCCAAGCCUGCUACUCCCAAAUCAACCACCACUACACCCUCUGGUGGCAAACCUCCUGCAUCACAGUCAAGAAAUGCAACCCCUAUGAAAAAAGAUGUGACCAAACCAUCCCCUCCAGUAGCCAAGAAAUCUGCAGAGUCCCCUCUCACUCGCCCUCCUGCAAAGAAGCCUGCUAAACCCGAGGCCCCCAAGACAAAAUCAGAUGUUGCCUCCAAAAAGCCUCCCACAAAUAAAGCUGUUGAAACAAAGACACCAAACCGCUCCAAGCCACAAGAGGGUAAGUCCACACCUUCCAAGGAUGUCUCCAAGACUCCAAGCACCAAAACGGCUACAAAUAAGGCCCCCAGUCCCAAGAAGACUGUGGGAAGCACCACUCCUACUCCUGUCAAACGUGGUCCUAAAGUUGCAACAAUGAUUGAGCGAGGAAAAGAAAUUGCUGCAGUAGUUGCUGCUGCUGCAACCAUCGCUACUGCAGCCUCUGUCUUCGCAAACCCAGAGGAGUCUGAGCCUCCUGCAGAAGAUGAUUUGGAGUCAUCUGAGCCCACUAUUAAAGCAGAGGACGAGAAAAGACCAGAGCCUGUACGGGAACCAUCUCCAGAGCCUGUGCGGAUGCGGGAACCAACUCCUGAACCUGUGCGGAAACCAACACCAGAACCCGUUCAGCAACGGGAACCAACACCAGAACCCGUUCAGCAACGGGAACCAACACCAGAACCCGUUCAGCAAAGGGAACCAACACCAGAACCCGUUCAGAUACGGCAACCAACACCUGAGCCCAUUCAACAACGGGAACCAACACCCGAGCCCAUUCAGAUGCGACAACCAACACCAGAGCCUGUGCGGGAACCAACGCCAGAGCCUGCUCAGGUGCGGGAUCCAUCACCUGAGCCCUUGCGAGAACCAACACCUGAGCCUGUGCGGGAACCAACACCUGAACUUCAAGAGCAAACCCCUGAGCAAGGAAGUGAAGCAACCAUCGGUGUCCGGAUGUCACCUCAGAUGACCACUUAUAAAUUCGAAGACAACAGUUCGGUUCCCUCCUUAGGAACAACUGUCAUGUCUCCCCCUUGCUCCCCGCCAGUCCCUGCCUCGCCUGUUAAAAAAUCACAGAAUGCUUCCUCUCUUUUGGACUUUGAUGCUCCAUCUGAUUCCUGGAACAGGAACCAGUCUCCUACUGGUCUGGCACCCCACACGUUGCUUAAUGUGAUGACAUUCCAAGCAGAGGAGUACAAUGUAAAAGGAUACGAAAUUCAAGGGGUAGAAGAUGAUGAGAAAGAUGAUGAGGAGGAGGAAGUAGAUGAGGAAGCCCUGUUUCUCUCUACCUCCACAGCUCCAGGGUCUCUUUCAGCUGUUGGACAACCUCACAAUUUUGGUGCUUUGCCUUCAGGUGAUUUUAUUCACAAGGACCUUGUAUCUUCUCAUGAACAGAAAGAGGAGGUGGAAAAGGCUGAUGAGGAGAUCAAUGAGGAUGAUGAUGAUGAGGAGGAAUAUGAGGAAGAGAGGAGACUAGGCCACCAGCUUUCAUCCUUGGUCACUGACAUGAGUACCUCUCAACAUUCGGAUGAGUUCCAGGCACGGUCGUCAGCAUUCGGAGGUUGGCAUGGCGAUGACCUGCUCUCUGGGAUGGACUCCGAGGACAUGAGCAGCUGCACCAGCAGCCGGCAGCAGGGGGUGUCCGACCUCAGCAGCACUCAGCACACCGCUAUCUUGGAGGGCACCCAGAGCUCAGACGCCUUGAUCGACUCCAGCCUCAGAGGCUCCGAAGGAGACGGUAAUCUCAUGGGUUCUCCCAAUGUUGAAACUCUUGCCAAUGAAGAAGAGGAGGAUGAAGACGACGAGCGGGUGGACGAUAUGGACUUGAGCUCUGAGCAAGCUGAGGAGCAUCACAGAGUGUUCCAGGAGCACAAACAAGACGAGGAGGAGGACGAAGAUGUGGAAAUGCACAGCGAAGGCGUGACGGAGAGUGGUGGGAAUGUUGAUGAUGACUUUAACGAGGAAGAGCACUUGGAUAACUUGACCCACUCUGGUCUGUUGUCAGGUGCUGCACCUGCAGCCUCCUGGGGUCAGACAAACCCCUUCUCAGAUACCUGGACUCAACCAGUGUCCCACCUUGCUGUGUCCUCUCCCAGCCCCGUGUCAGACCACGACGCAGCCGAAUCCGAGACGCCAACCCAGUCUCCUGCCCAGGCGUGUGUUGACGGUAGCGCCCCGUCAUUCCCCCUGCAGACAGAGCAGAUACCCCAGCACCAUCGUGACCUAUUCACCUCUCCGACUGUAGGCAUGUCCCAGGCCGACACUCCGACUGGGACCGCCCCGCCCGCUCACAGCGGCAGCGAGACAAGCACUCCUGAGGACCUCCGUGACUACGACAGCAGCUCUGGAGUAGAGUCCCGCUCUGAUAAACAGCAAACCCCGGUACCGGCGUCACUUCAGCCCGACGUGGACCAGGAUCUAGGCAUUCACUUGGAGAAAGGUGAUGGAGAGGAGGAAGAGGCUGAGACUCUUCCUGCCGAUGAGGUGCUUGGAACCGGACCCCCAACAGCUCCUGCGUCAGUCCCUUCAUCCCCGUCUACCUCCGGCGAUGAAGCCAGUGACACGGAGGGGGAGAUACAGAUUAACGACCCAGAGGCUCCGAUGACGAUAGAUGAAAGGGCUGCAAUGGAAAGCCCUCCUCCCACCGGUAGCUUGCCAGCUCUGGAGGAGGAUGAAGAGACAGGAGAUCCAGCUAUUUUAGAGGGUGAAGAGGACGGAGGUGGAGCUACUCCUCAGUCAGCCAAUUCUGUGGCAUCUUAUGGCUUUGACUGCACAACGUCCAACUCCAAUGCCCACUCAAUGGCAGAAAGCUGCGGAAAGAGCCCUGGUAUCUUCUCCCUUGAGAAUGAGGAGCAGCUUCCGGAGGAGGCCAAGGACCCCUCCCUCAUCAAGGAGCUGACCCUGCCUUCAUCUGCUGCUGCGGCCCUGGCCGAGGACCUGCUCGGCAACCCCGUGGACCUGAUCCCUUUGGGUCACCAGGAAGACGACUUUCCCAGUCUGGAUGAGCACCACCACUUCCUGCUCGGUGGAAACGCUGCAGAUCAUCGGGAGAAGACGAAUCCACUGGAGGGCAGCGACGACCUGGUGGACCAGGAAUGUGGAGACUCCGACAACCUGACACCGUACUUCUCCACCAUAUGUGAUAAGACUGAUAGUUUUCUGGAAGGUAACGUAUAAGACCCCCUAUCAACCCUGGAAUGCACCUUUUUCCUGCAACCCUACCCGUUUUCCCCUUACGUUAUUUGUUCUUCUCUGGUUAGACGUCUUAGCAGAAAAAAAGGAGACCACGAUUGUAGAAAACAAUUUUUGAGAAAUGAUUGAAGGAGACGGAAAAAAAUGACUGUAGCGAUUUUUAAAUGAAGCCUCCCUCUUACCGUUCCGGUCCAUGUUCUGAGCGUAUGGCUAAAACUCCGUAAUGUACCAUAGCUACUACCUUUUCUAGUCGAAUGUUCUUUUUAAGUAACACUGCAUAUUCUGUUGCCCCUUGCAGGGUAUUGACUGAUUGGUCCAUUGUGACUGGGCCUGUAAACUGAGAAAGAGGAGUAAAAAAAACACAGAUGAAAGGAUAUGGACUCUUUGUGUAUUUAUCCUACUGUUUUUACCGAACAAAUGUCAAUGAUUUUUUUUGUAUUUACUUGUUUUGUUUCCUUGUUGUUAUUUUUUUUGUUAAACCUGGCCCUCCCUACCCUGUGUGCACACUUUGUGUUCUGCACUAUAGCGAUAGUCACAUAUUCCUUUUGAAAACUUUCUGUUCUUGUUCCAAGACUUUUAGCUAUAUUAAUAAUAAAGGUUAGGUAUUAACACUGCUGGUUUUGCCUUUACAGUUGUAAUGAGGUAGGUGUGGGAGGAUUAGAGUUAGGGCUGACCCAAAUGCUUUGUUGUUUUGCCGCCAUUACUGAUGUCCAAAUUUGGACUUAAAUACGUGGAUUCUAUGUUUUCCUUCAUGUACUAUACCACUAAAGCUGAGAUCACGCUAUUUAUGCUUGCAAGUGUUGAUGUGAGUUGCUAAUUCAAGCUUUCAUAAGUGCAUCCAGACAGUGGCGGUUCUUGGAUGAAUGGUACCCGGGGCAAGCCUCUUUCCUCUGUAUCGUACCACAACUAAUGCGCUCUGGUGAGAGAGAAGAUUCUCUGCAUCAAAGGUUCUGAAAUGUUGAUCUAAUCUGUACUAAAGCAACAGAAUAAUUGAGUUCAGGUUUGAUCAUUUUUACCUUGAGCUAAUUAAAGGAAUUAUACGUUCUUUUAAGAAUUGUGAAAUGAUCCUUAAUUUAGUUCCAGAUUGGUAAUAAUCAGAUACCCAUUUCUGUAAUUCACUGCCUGGAUGUCGCACAAAGCAAUAGAAAACUCUCUUGGAACAUGUUUUUCUGAUUGGUAAAUGCUGCCCUGGGUGAAGAGCCACAUCGCUCCAUAUCAAGAACCACCACUGACUCCAGAUCAUUUUCAAUAAAGGUUUGAAGCCUCAAAAACUGUAUUUGGGACAGCCCUAGUUAGAUUGCAGUCGGUGGCGUCGUAUACGUGUGCUUCAAGAGGUUCUAUGCUUAUUGUAUUUGCAUAGGUUGUUAAGGUGCAGUCACUUCCAGUAUCUGCUUCAGGUUUUCUUCAGGCCUUUUGUUAGCUCAUCAUUUUGUGUCUUAAGAGGAUAACGAGUAGCGCAUUAUUUAAUAAAACCCUACAUGGCUACCACAGUUUAGCUUUAUACUCGAGCGUUUUCAUAGCAAGCUUUUGGUUUACUAUUUCAACAAUAUAUUGCAUGUUUAACUAACAAAAAACACUCUGUAAUACCUGAAGUUUGAAACAGUUCAACAGUAGACAUGUUCAGAACUGAAUGGUUCGACACUAGGUUAUCUUUCAAAAUUCCAUUAAAACAUCAUUGCAAGGCA